ACCUGCAUCGUCAUCGAUAUGGCACAUAGUGUCAUGCGCAUUAUAUUUUCGGCCUACUUUCUUGCCACAAGUGUAACGUUGUCGUACCAAAAUUUUAGGGGGAUUGUUUCUGACGCUUUUAUUGUAGCCGGCUACUUCUACUUGGUCUUCAUGAUAUGUCGGAAGGGGUCAAAACUUGAAAGUUGGAGUGGCUACUUCGUCCAGAAUUGUGGUAGGUGUGAUUAUCCAGAAGGGGAGAAGUUUUUCGGAAACGAUCGCCUCUUCCUCAUCAAUUCGAGGAACGUUAAGAUGAAACGGAUUUGGAUAGCGACGGACUACUUUAGAGUAAAUCUUGGCCUUAUUGCGCCGAUUAUUGGAACCGUGACGACAAACUUGAUUGUUCUGAUGCAGUUUCAAAAUAGCGACAAAUCGACUGCAUGCUAGGAAUUAGAAGGAUCUGAUUG